AUGCUGCAUCGCAACCCGCGGUGGGCGCUUUGUGCAGCCCUCGCUGCACUCUAUGGCGGAACAGGAAUCGCCAGCGCCGAAGUUAACAAUGAAUUGAGCAAGUGCGAAUCUGGGUGGACACCCUGGACUACCUGCAACCCGCAAACUGGUCUGCGGGAGAGGCACAAUGCACAGUGCGAGACAUGGGUGGAGGUUGAGGAAUGCCAGAAGCUGACAGGAUGUGGCAACUGGACUCCUUGGUCUCCCGGCGAUAUGUCGUGUGUGGUGGGACAGUUUCAAACCCGCAACAGGGAGGGCUGCCCAGAGGUGCAGGAAGUGAGGGCAUGCAGGCCUGUACUUCUAGAAUGCAACGAUCAAUGGACCCCCUGGACAAUGUGCGACACCAACCGCGUCCAGGAAAGAUACAACUCAAAGUGCGGACCCGUCGAAGUCCGCGAGUGCAACAUGGACGACGCAGAGAUCGAGAAAUGCGGCGAGUUCGUGGAAUGGGAUCCCCCUAUGAAUGGAGACUGCGUACGCGGGGGUACCCACACGCGUUACCGUCAAAACUGCCCAGACCGCAAAGAGGUGCGGGUGUGCGGAGCCUUUGAUUGCAGCAGCUGCUCUGUAAACGCCACUUGCGAUCCCAUUGGUGCAUCCUGCGAAUGCAAGCCUGGUUUCCGCGGCAAUGGGAAGACCUGCGAGGCCUUCAACCCCUGCGAAGAUACCCCUGCACCUUGCGACAGCAACGCCAUCUGCACCCCAGACGGCAAUGACGCCAAAUGCCAGUGCAAGGCAGGCUGGGACGCAGAUUCCGGAGCAGGCAGCAGCAAGAAGCCUUGCGUUGAGGUCGACGAGUGCGCAUCCAACACCCACCAGUGCCCGGCACACUCCACAUGCAUCAACACCAAGGGCUCUUAUAAGUGCGACUGCAACCAGGGAUACGUCAAGGGAGAGGACGGACAGUGUCAUGACGUCGAUGAAUGCACCAACGGAGAGCACACCUGCCCCGCUCACUCCACUUGUUUGAAUACAGCUGGCAGCUACGAGUGCCGCUGCGACACUGGGUACAGCGGAAAUGCAACUGCAGACAGCCCUUGCAAGAACAUUGACGAAUGCGCCAACCCCAACGCCUGCUCGGCCAACGCUAUCUGCACAGACACCGACGGCUCCUUCACCUGCAGCUGCCCCGAAGGGUACAGCGGCCAGGGAACCCAUGACUCUCCCUGCUCCAAGAUCGACUUCUGCGCAGACCCCUCACUCAAUACAUGCGGAGCCCACUCCACUUGCGUGAACACCCUCACAUCUUUCAAGUGCAUCUGCGAUGCGGGAUAUGAAGGCGCCGGCACUCGCGAGAGCCCGUGCGUGGACGUGAACGAGUGCUCGAACGAGAAGCCCACAAACAACUGCAACAGAAACGCAAACUGCACCAACACCGAGGGAUCCUACACUUGCGAAUGCAAGCCCGGUUUCUCUGGCGACGGCAUCGGUCCCAACGGGUGUACCGACAUCGACGAGUGCGCGGCGGAGCAGUCCCCCUGCGACCCUCACGCCUCCUGCAGCAACACUGAGGGCUCGUAUGUAUGCACCUGCAACUCCGGCUACGAGCCAGCUUCAACCGACGGGCAUGCAUGCAAAGAUAUCGACGAGUGCGCCACCGGUGCAGCUGGGUGCCACGUGUCAGCACAGUGUCUGAACACGGACGGCAGCUACGAGUGCAAGUGUCUUGAGGGCUUCGUCGGCGACGGAAAGACCUGCAGCGACGUCGAUGAGUGCGCUGCGGCGACAUCUCCUUGCGGUGACAACACUCACUGCCAGAACACAAUUGGCAGCUACGAGUGCGAGUGCAAGGCUGGCUAUGGCAACAUGCAAGACAACGCAUGCAGCGACAUUGACGAGUGCAAGGAUGCGAACACCAAGAUCCCUGACAACUGUCUUUGCGUGAACAAUGAUGGCAGCUACUCCCUUGAGGCGAAGGCUGGAUACGAAUUGGUGAACGGCGAGUGCAUCAAGAUCGACUUCUGCGCCCGCGGCGCAUGCAACUCGCUGGCCUCCUGCAAGGAGAAUGAAGAAGGCACAGCGGCGAUCUGCACCUGCCUGCCAGGCUACAGCGGCGACGGCACUGCUGAAGGCCACUGCAACGACAUUGACGAGUGUGCAGGUCAGAAUGACUGUGCUCCUGCCGAGCAGGGAGGCAUCUGCGAGAACACUGUCGGCUCGUACACCUGCAAGUGCAAAGAGGGGUACAGGCAGGAUGGAAACUCAUGCACUGAGAUCGACGAGUGCGCUGAGGGAACCCACAACUGCCACCCUUCCGCCACCUGCAGCAACACCCCCGGAAGCUUCACCUGCCAAUGCAACAGUGGAUUCACUGGCAGCGGUGUGGAGUGCGAAGACAUUGACGAGUGCUCAACUGAGGCAGAUGACUGUGGUGCAAACACCAUCUGCAGCAACACCGUUGGUGCUUUCGAGUGCAACUGCCGUGAAGGCUAUGAACGCGCAGACGCAAAGACGUGCGUCGACAUCGACGAAUGCGCGACAGGCACACACACUUGCUCGAACCACGCCACCUGCACCAAUACCGAUGGGUCAUUCACAUGCCAGUGCAACCCCGGCUUCGAAGGUGACGGCCACAAGUGCGAGGACAUCGACUUCUGCGGUGCUGGACAGCACGACUGCAAUGUGCAUGCCGAGUGCUCUGAGAGCGAGGACAACACCACUUUCAAGUGCACCUGUAUAACAGGGUACGCUGGAGACGGCCAUGGCGAGGCAGGCUGCCAAGACAUUGAUGAGUGCGCAGAAGAAAACAUCUGCGGAAGCAACGCUGUCUGCACAAACACCGCAGGAAGCUACCAAUGCGCAUGCCGUGAGGGCUUCGUUGCAUCAGCUGAACAGCAGCAGCAGGGAACCCCAGCACUGGUUUGCGUGGACGUCGACGAGUGCAGCGACGCUUCGAAGAACACAUGUGCCAAGCCAGCCGACGGAGGCAUUUGCACAAACACUGAAGGCAGCUACGAAUGCGCUUGCAAGCCAGGCUACCAAGGUGACGGCCACAGCUGCGCAGACAUCAACGAAUGCACUGCACAGGGCACCUGCGGCGAACACACAACUUGCAAGAACACACCCGGAUCCUUCCAGUGCGACUGCGUUGAGGGAUUCGAGCGCGCUGAUGAACGCACCUGCCGUGACAUCAACGAGUGCGAGACAGGAGCAGUCGUGCUGCCACCGAACUCCACCUGCGUCAACACUGAAGGCAGCUACGACUUCGACUGUGUUGCUGGGUACCGCCGCACUGAUGGAGCUUGUGUGAAGAUCGACUUCUGCAAGGAGAAGGGAUGCAACGCAAACGCCACAUGCCGCGAAAACGAUGCCGGCACCGAGGCCAUCUGCACUUGCAAGGAAGGCUAUGAAGGCAGCGGAGAAGGCGAAGAUGGUUGCCAGAACAUCAAUGAGUGCGAGAGAGGCGAACCCUGCAAGGACUUCGGCGAAGGCGGUGUUUGCGUCGACACACCAGGAUCAUUCACUUGCGAGUGCGCUGCUGGAUUCAUUCAACGCCGCUCCGUUUGCCAAGAUGUUGACGAAUGUCUCGACGGAAAGCUGAACACCUGCGCUGCCACCGGAGGCGUCUGCUCCAACACCGUCGGUUCCUUCACCUGCUCGUGCGCCAGCGGCUUCGAAGGCGAUGGCCACACCUGCAAUGAUGUCGACGAAUGCGCAACAGCACAGCACACCUGUGACCCGAAUGCCACUUGCGUCAACACCGAAGGCAGCUUCGAGUGCCGCUGCAAUGCCGGAUUCGAGGGCGACGGACACACCUGCGCAGACAUCGACGAAUGCGCAGACCCAGCCAAAAACACAUGCGAUACACACAAGGGUGUAUGCCAAAACACCACAGGGUCCUACACCUGCGGCUGCAAGACCGGAUUCAGCCUUGCAGCUGACGGAAGCACAUGCGAAAACGUCGACGAGUGCGCGGCGGGAACUGCAAACUGCAACGAGCGAAGCUUCUGUAAGGACACAGAGGGUUCCUACCAAUGCGAGUGCAAGAACGGCUACAAGGCUGCAGGAGAGGACUGUGUGGACGUUGACGAGUGCGAGGCUGGCGUGCAUGGAUGCAGCGAGCACGCAAUCUGCACAAAUACAGACGGCAGCUACUCCUGCGAAUGCAUGGAGGGAUACCAGGGAGACGGCAAGGCUUGCGAGAAGACAGUCGGCGUCUGCGACUCCGCUCCCUGCGGUGCCCACGCCACCUGCGAGCCUGCAGGGGACAACUACACUUGCACAUGCCACCCAGGCUACGAGAUGCGCGAAGGAGCCUGUGUUGACAUCGAUGAGUGCACAGCAGGCAGCCACAACUGCGACCCUCAUGCCAUUUGCACAAACACCGACGGCUCCUUCACUUGCGUCUGUGGCAGCGGCUAUACCGGCCUUGGCACAUCCUGCGAAGACAUCGACGAGUGCGCGGGUAACGCAGCAGGCUGCGACAUCCACGCCGUCUGCACGAACACUCCCGGAUCGUUCAAGUGCGAGUGCAAGAGCGGCUUCGAAGGCGAUGGCACGCAAUGCACGGAGAAGGUGUUGCUCCCCGGACAGAUUCACUGCGAAGCCUGGACUGCAUGGACAGAGUGUACCGACGGCGCCAAAACCAGCACACGCAGCUGCCUUGCACUGCCGCUUAAGAAGGAGAUGCGCGCCUGCCCUGCAGCUGACUUCUCCCAGUGCGGAGAGUUCACUGAAUGGACUGCCUGCCCUGGAACCAACAAUAACCUGUCUCAUAGGCGCACUGAAAGAUUCGGAGAACCCGGAUGCGAAGAUGCAGAGGAAGUCCGCGAAUGCCCAGAUGAAGAGACCGAGCAGAAAUGCGGCGCCUGGGGUGAGUGGACCGCCUGCGGCGACCCAUCCCCUGGCCUGAGAACUCGCGCACGCGAGAACUGCCCCGAUGUGGUAGAGUUCGAGCGUUGCACUAUGCCCAGUGAGCCUGAGGCUGGCGAAGUGACUGAGCCUGACACAGAAGGAGGAGCCGGAGUUGGUGGCGAAGUGACUGAGCCUGACACGGAAGAAGGAGCCGGAGUUGGUGGUGAAGUGCAGCCCGGUACAGAAGAAGGAGCAGGAGUUGGUGGUGAAGUGCAGCCCGGUACAGAAGAAGGAGCCGGAGUUGGUGGUGAAGUGCAGCCCGGUACGGAAGAAGGAGCCGGCAUUGGUGGCGAAGUGACUGAGCCUGACACCGAAGGAGGAGCCGGAGUUAGUGGCGAACCGACCGAAGAAGAGGGCACCGAAAGCACCGGUCCAUGCAAAGAGUUCGGACCCUGGACGGCCUGCAAGGAGGACGAGAACGGAGUCGGCAUCCAACGCCGUAUGUGCGCCGGCAGAGAAGACAUCAUCGAAUCCAGAAUUUGCACUGUCACGGAUGACUGCGGAGAAUGGACCCCCUGGUCAACUUGCACUAACGGCAGCCAGGCCAGAAACAAACGCUUCUGCACCAACGUUAGGGAAGUCCGUCUCUGCGGAGCUGACAUUCCAGUUACAGACGGAUGCACGUGGAGCGAGUGGACUUCUUGCAGUCUAGUCAAUGAGGAGGGCGGCUACUUCCGCACGCGCACAUCCUCUGACUGCAACAUGAAUGAAGUGCAGGCCUGCUCUCCCAGCAGCAGCACAACCGCAGACAGCGAAACAGAAGGCACCUGCUCUGCAUGGAACCCCUGGACGGAGUGCUCGAACGGCCACCAGACACGCAAGUGUGCCACAAUGGAAGCAGAAGAAUCGCGCACUUGCGGAGAGACUCCAGAGAACUGCGGAGAAUUCGGCCCCUUCGAACCCGCAAACUGCACGGCCGGCCAAAUGGUCACCAGGACGCGCACCUGCGGAGAAACCGAGCAGAAGGAAACCAAACUGUGCGACGUCAGCUCCACCGAAGAAGGAAAACAAUGCGGUCAGUGGGGCCCAUGGAGCGAAUGCAACAUCCACCUGGGCUCAGAGGACAAUGUGCGUGUUCGUGAGGACACCGCUUGCGGCGUGACGGAGUACGAGGAGUGCAGCGAGCCGGCGAACAACGCCUUUGUCUGCACACCUUGGAGUGAAUGCUCGGAGAAGAAGGAGCGGAGAACGUGCACCAUCCGCAAAAACGGUCUUGUUCAGACACGUCAAGAAUUCAGAACAUGCAGUGUAGACAUCGCCACAACUUGCGGCGAGUUCGGCGCAUGGUCUGAAUGCAACGCUGAGGGCUUGCAUCAGCGCAGUCUCGAGAAAUGCCCCGACGUCAUCGAGGUCGCAACUUGCGGCAGUGAGGAUUGCCCGCCAUUCGGCGAGUGGACUGAAUGCGGCGUUCCAGAGGAGGGCAUGCGUUCUCGCCAACGCAUUGACUGCGUUGAAUCUGCAGCCUGCCAGUGCACAGAAGUGGAGAGCUGCUUCGACACCGAAUUGCACCCCAUUCCAGCCCCCGGUACGGAAACAGGCGAAGGAGAGGGAGAGACCGAGACAGGCGAAGGCGAAACUGGUGAAGCAGGUGGCGAGGAAGGCGAGCAAACAGGAGAAGGCGAAGUGCAGCCCCCAGAAGAAGAGCUUCCUGGGGAGAGUGUAACUGAGCCUGAGGAGAAGCCUGAGGAGGAGCUACCUGAGGAGGAGGUUACUGAGCCUGAGGAGAAGCCUGAGGAGGGUGUGACUCAGCCUGAGGAGACACCUGAGCAGCCUGUUGAGGGUACCGAAGAAGAGGGCAAGCAGGAGUCUGAGGCUGCCCCCGAAACUCCUGCCGUCCAGCCGAAACCAGAGGAGGGUCACGAACGCCCAGAACCCGAAGAGGAGGAGGAGAAGAAGGAAGAAGGCGGCGGCUUCCCAACAGCUGCAGUGGCAGGAGGUGUUGGUGGUGUGUUGCUCAUAGCUGCUGUAGGUGGUGGUGUUGCAGCCUUCACUAGCGGCGGAGGUGGCGCUGGCGCACAGGAGGCAGAACAGGUCGAGUUCGAAGGAGAAGAUACCGGAGCAGCAACUGCCGAGACACCUGAAGCCGAUACAGUUAUCGACAUCACAGACGAAGACGACUACUGGGCCGACAGCGGCGACAUUCAGUAA